UAAGAAUGAUGACAUCAGUGCGCCGCCACUGUCGCCGCCAUGAACAGCGUAGGGGAGGGAUGCACUGACAUGAAGCGCGAGUAUGAUCAGUGCUUUAACCGGUGGUUUGCCGAGAAGUUCCUCAAGGGGGACGCCUCCGGGGACCCGUGCACCGAGCUCUUCAAGCGCUACCAGCAGUGUGUUCAGAAAGCAAUAAAGGAGAAAGAGAUCCCCAUUGAAGGACUGGAGUUCAUGGGCCAUGGUAGAGAAAAGCCUGAAAGCUCUUCUUGACCUUGACAGUCACCUUGAAAAUGGACUGCUCAAAUCAGGAAAUUGAGCACUCUGGAUGGUGUUAAGACUGUGAAGAGAGCCAUCAAUUUAAUGAGGAGUUUGGUGUGUGUUUGGGGCGGGUGUUUCCCUCCUUCUAGAUGUUUUCUUCUCACUUGUAAAAGAUGAUGAACCAUCACUUUUUACUUUGGGACGAUUUCUCGCUUUCACGGGCAUCUUGCAGGAACUCGCACUAAAACUGAAUGACUUCUGGGGGUUAUGGUUACAAUACUUCAUCUGGGAUCAGCUUUAAAUAUACUUGUAUGUAAAUACUGAUAAACUUGUUGGGAUGAUCAUGGUCACCUGACCUUCUGAGUUAUGCUUCGAAGGACAGUAGGUAUACUGUAUGGGCGGGGCGGUCACAGAAAUAGUUGGUUAGGGCCUCUUUCCUCUCCAGGAGCUAAUUCUCUGAAAAGGGGUCUCAGGACAGCAGUUUCAGUCAAUGCUUGGGAGUUUUAUUUUUAUACAGUGAGUUAACUGUUAAGAUUGCUGGUGGACUGGAUUAGCCAGGAGGCCUUUUAACAAUUCCCAGCCUUACCAAGAGGUGUCAAGAUCAAGACAUGAAAGUUCCAAGAAUGUUACAGUGAGCACCACUCAGAGCUCACAGUACAGUUCAGUCAUUGAGGUCGCUGGAGGAAGAUCCUACGUUGCAAAGAUUUGCUGUUGCCAGCUUUUCGACCUAAGUCAAUGAAUUAAUUAAGUCAACCUGUGUAUCAUCAAAAUGCCAAAAUGCUGUAUCUGGUCAAACAGGAGGAGAAAGGAGUUUGCUUUAUUUGCCUUGUUUACCCACCCUGCCCUGUAAUGUCUGUAAUCAUGAAGAUGGAAUAAACUGUAACAUUUAGUUUCUAGCA